CAUUCCUCUGGACCAGAAUGUGAAUUAACUAGCUACCACAGCCGGAAUGUGCACGAGUGACUCUGCUUCUCUCCAAAUGUGUUGCUCAUGACAGAUCCUCAAAUCAUGAGCCUCGGGGAUGGCAGGUAUCGGCUGUUGCACAUGAUGUCAUGUCGCGUGUGGUGAUAUUUCCUUGACAACCGCGGAUCGGAUACCAAUAAUCAGAGGCCAUCAUGCCCAUCACGCUGCUGUGGGCCGUGGACGUGUACGGCAGGGUGUACAGCCUGUCCACAGCCGGCCAGCGCUGGGAGCGUGCGGACGACCUGCUACUGGAACUGAAGCGUGUCACUGCGGGGAAGGGGCGCUGCUGGGGGAUCGGCUGCGACCACCGUGUUUACCUCAACAUGAUGCCCAGUGAGACCCCCAUACGCUACCGGGAGGAGACGUAUGAAAACCAGAGGUGGAACCCAGUGGACAGCUUCACGGACACUCUGCUGCCCACCGACCGCUGGCCGUGGAGCGACGUGACAGGGAUGAAUCCUCAACCGCUCCACAGCUUUGAGCUGCCGUCCCGCAGCUGGGAGUGGGAGGGAGACUGGUACGUGGAUCAGAGUUGUGGAGGAGAACCAAGUCAGACAGGGGGUUGGGAGUAUGCGGUCGAUUUCCCGGCCAACUUCUCCCCGGACAAGAAGUGGAACUCUUGUGUUCGUCGCAGGCGGUGGAUCCGCUACAGGAGAUACGUAGCACAAGGCACCUGGGCGAAGAUCCCUCUGGACAAUCCCAGGAAGCCCCCGCUGCCGCUCUGUGACAUCAGCUGUGGUGGUUGGGAGAUGAGCGACCAGUCUGGAAGGUAUCCCUACCUCUGGGGCGUGUCCCAACAAGGACAGGUGUGGUUUCGGGAGGGCAUCCACCCUCGUGUCCCAGAGGGCUCCAGCUGGGAGGAAGUCGAAGUGCCCAAGGAAGUAGCUCAGUUAUCGGCCGGCCCCGGAGACCUGCUGUGGGCUUUACUGUGGGACGGGAACCUGCUGGUCCGUACUGGCCUCAGCCUGGACAGCCCAACUGGCACAUCGUGGGUUGAGGUAGAAUCGCCAGUGAAGGAGGUCGAAGCGCUUCAUGUGGCUGUUGGAGUUAGCGUGGUCUGGGUUGUCACUAAAGACUACAAGGUUUGGUUCAGGCGUGGCGUGAACUCCCACAACCCCUGUGGCUCCGGCUGGAUCAGCAUCGGAGGGGAGAUGAUGAUGGUGGAUGUAGGACUCAAUGACCAGGUGUGGGCAGUAGGUGAAGACCGCGGCCUUUAUUUCCGGAUGGGUGUGACGCUGUCUGAACCAAGCGGCAACGGCUGGAUUCCUGUUUCUGCCCAAUGGGGCAAUAGCAAAGAGGUUAUCCCACCCAGGAAGGAGAGUGAGUUUGGCGGUCAGCUGACUGAAGCCUCUCAAGGCUCAGUUCUGAGCUGCACUGACUCGGACUCAGAGUUAGGUCCACCUGAUCCAGAAAACAGCACUAAAGACGCCCCAGUCCUAGAGGCAGCAGCCCCCUCUGUAGUCCCUUUAGGGGGAGCUGACACACCCUCACCUCCGCUGAGGACAGAAGACACUCUCCCAGCCUCCCAACAGGAUGCCCCCAAACCAUUCAUCCCUGCAAGUGACAGCUUUAUUAACAGUCUGGUGUCAGACCGCGAAAAAACUCCCACACCCCAGCUGUCCAUCGCAGAGGUACCGCAGGAAGAAGUGGAGGAGCCGUCCCCAGCCCCGAUACUGCGGACCCCCGAGACUGCAAGUCACGAUGUUCCCUGGAUGAACGUAGAUUUGGAGGGAGCAGAAGCAGCUCGAUGUGCGCAGGCGGCGGGGACUUCGUUGGGCGAUGGCGGUGCUGCUGCCACCUACGCCCUGGGGACUCUGGAGACCUCUCAGGGUGUUGGAGAAGAAGACGGGCCUGUGUGGACCUGGAUCUCUGGUGGAGGCUGCGAUGUGGACGCAACGUCACAGAUCAGCUGGCUUAGUCCCACAG